AUGAACGCAAACAUGUACGGACAACCGCAACCACCGCAAGAUGCCGUCUCGGGCGAACAGUACCGCUACGCCCUCACAAAUUUCCGAAUAGCACAUGAGAAGGUCGAGCAGCAAAGAAAACAGCUAGAAGAGCAGGAGAGGCAGGUCGCCCAGCUGCGUGCCCGAAUCGCCUUGCUUGAAGGCGGCUCAAAUCCCUCCAUCGGAGGUCAUAACGGGAACACGGUCGACGAUUUCUCUAUUAAAAACUCAGCCUCCCAGCUAGACAAAUUAAUCAACCGAUGGGCGGCAGAUGUUAUACGGGCGCCUCCAGUCCCCUUGCAAGACCUCUGUGCAGCCAUCCUCAACGACAUCGUUGGCGGGCUCGACGUCGCCCAAAUCGAGGCCACUCCGAUGCAAGUGCAGAGUUACCUAAGACAUGCAAUGGCCGAAAGUAUUUCUGAAGGCAUCAUCAACUGUCUGAUCGUGACGAAUUCUACCGAGGCAAAUAUCCAGCUAACACGGAUCCAUGAACACAUCUUUGCUCGCGACCCCACCGUGGCCAGCGUGUGGAGGCGACAGACAUUUUCUGCGGCUGUGGAUACUUGCACACCGGAGAUGUCUUUAAGCAUUCUAUACGAACAAGUCCCAGAGUUGAUGAAGAAGCUCAACGGGAAGAUACCCGCAUCAGGUGGCAUCUCAAUCCUAGAGUCGGCCUACGCCUUCUCGCGCAUGCUCCACGGGUCAGGAAGCCCCUCGAGCGACGCUUUCUAUCGUGCAUUCGUACCCGAGCUGGGCAGCACCCUAUAUCCACGCCAGAUCGAGCUGGUGAAGCGCUGCCUAAAGAGCGAGAGGGGAGAACUGGAUCGUGUUGGAGCAACAAUAUUCCCUGGCCUUGUCAAGGUUUCUCGUGCGGCCACUCCAAUACCGGGCAUGGAGGAAACUGUUCAGACUGUGGUCAGGCGCGCUCAAGUGAUCUGCGAGUGCGCCAUGGGAGGCUCUUUUGUGCCCAACGCACCUUACGAUAUCCAGCAACUAGGCGCCGGAGUCCCGAUGCUCCCGAUACCAUCAAUGCCAAUGGGUGACGUACUGACCGUACCACUUAAUGGUUAUUUCUAA